UGUAACAGCAUCUCCAUUCACAGCAGCGCCAAAAACAAAAGUGCUCCCAGAAAUAAAGACGGUGUAUAUAAUAAAGGGCGAACGAGCACUAUCGUCACUAUUUCAAGUGUGUUAGUGUAGUGAACGAGAGAGAGAGGUGAAAAGUAACGCGCUUUAUUGUUGCUUGUUCGGUACAGCACCUAAGGGUUUGGUAUCAGAUUGAAGAUGAUAGACUUUGCUCGCGUGCAGAAGGAGCUUGCGGAAUGCAGCAAAGACGCUGAGGGAUCGGGCAUCAAAGUGAGCCCUAAAAGCGACAACCUUCUUUUCUUGAUCGGUACCAUUCCUGGCCCUAUUGGAACUCCCUAUGAAGGGGGUGUUUUCCAGAUUGACAUCACAUUGCCAGAUGGAUACCCAUUUGAACCCCCCAAGAUGCAGUUUGCAACCAAAGUCUGGCACCCUAAUAUCAGCAGUCAGAGUGGGGCUAUUUGCCUGGACAUCUUGAAGGACCAGUGGAGCCCAGCACUCACUCUGAAGACUGCACUUCUUUCAGUGCAGGCACUUCUCUCUGCCCCUCAGCCUGAUGAUCCUCAAGAUGCUGUUGUAGCACAGCAGUAUCUGAAAGAGUAUCAGACAUUUGUUAGCACUGCUCGCUACUGGACAGAAAGUUUUGCCAAGACAUCAUCUCUUGGAAUUGAAGAUAAGGUACAGAAACUCGUUGAGAUGGGAUUUCCGGAAGCUCAAGUAAGGAGCAUUUUGGAAGCUGUUGGUGGUGAUGAAAACUUGGCUCUUGAAAGGCUGCUGUAGCUUAUGUAUGAGAUAUCAGCUAAAUCAUUUUGAUCAUUGUGAAGUUUAGGAUUGUUACUGGAAGAUGGUUGAACCAUAUAGACAAAAGGGUUUAUUGAAUAUAAAGUAAUAUCGUAUAGUCUUUUUGUUUCACUCUGUCAUCUUUUUUCUCUUUGAAAACUUUGGUACUCGAGACAUUUUCCAAAAUGUUAUAUAGGAGGUAUGAAAUUAAAUACCUC